AUGUCUGAGGGGGCUGAGCUCAGAGAGUGCGAUGAGGCCUUUGAGUCAGAAGAGGGCGAUGUCGACCCAUUUCUGGAGGAGGAAGAGGAGGAGGAGGAGGAGGAAACGGAGAGCAGUCGGGAGCUGCUGGAGCGGCUGAGGGAGCUGGAGGCAGAGAAUUCCGCUCUCGCUCUCGCCAAUGAAUCCCAGAGAGAAGCCUAUGAGAGAUGUUUGGACGAGGUGGCCAACCAUGUGGUUCAGGCCCUACUCAACCAGAAGGACCUGCGGGAGGAGUGUAUUAAGUUAAAGAUGCGUGUGUUUGACUUGGAGAGACAAAACAGAACACUGACCGAGCUCUUCACCCAGAAGCUCCACACACAAGUCAACCCUUCACAGCAGUUGCCAACAGCAUCCUGUCCAGAGCACAACUCAGAGUCCUUGGUGACUAGCACAGAACAGUUUCAGGUGUCCCAUUCACUGGGGGAAGCCAAGAAUAAUGGUGAUCGCACACAGAUUGACUUGGCUGGCCCCACUCGAGCUCCUGCCUCGUCCAUGGAGGCACUGUCCCCUUUCUUUAAAAAGAAAGCACACAUCCUGGAGGUCCUUCGUAAGCUGGAGGAAUCUGACCCACUUAAGUUUCAUCCAUCCUCAUGCCUCUCCUACCACAGCCAGGCGUUGCUGUCAGGAGAGAUGGGAUCCAUGGCAACAUCAUCCCAACGUCAGCCCCACUGCCGGCAUUCCAGCUCUGACUCGGAUAUUCAUGAGUAUGCCAAUGGGGAGGGCAUGCUGCAGGACAAUCGUGUCCCUUCUAGGCAUGGGGGUUGUCCAUCUUGUAGAAUUCUAUCUCAGAAAAACAGCCUGGACAGGCUGCUGAAGGGCAGCCAUGGACCUGGUUUGACGCAGUCUGGUAGAGAGGAGAAUAUGAACAGCCAAAGGUGGUCAGAGGAGCAGGGAGCGUCAGCCCAGAGCACAGACCAGCAAGUGAAAGUCUCAAUUGUGGGUGACACAAAUCAUACCUUCUUGCACAGCACAAAGUCAGACCACUUGGAGCACAGGGGAGCCAAAGCAGCUCAUCUUUCAGACCCAAAUGCCAUAGCCUCUGGUUUGUAUCACUCUGCACUGGCUGAAGGUUCUGAACCAAACACAGACCCUGGAAGUGCACCACGGAACAUGCACCCCCUUAAAGAAAGGGCUCCUGACAAGAGUUCACAUGUGAAACCUCUGUCAGAGGGAUUAGACGAUACUUCAUUUGAUGUAGACCACACAGAGACUGCCCUACCAUCAAAUCAGGAUUCAGCCAUCAGACCUGACGAUGAGCGGUGUUACUUGGAGGUGGUUACAGAUACAGUCACAGAAGUUAAACGUGUUAGUGAGUCUACUGAACAGGUUUGCAAUGGGGUCUACUUUUCAACCAAUGAGACCUCGGUCUCCAAAAAAGUAGCAGUGGAGUCAUAUUCCCCAACUCCUGUACCCGAGAGAACCAGUUCAGCAUCUCAUCAGCCGCAAGCUGCUGGAAAAAGUAAAUUUGCACACAGUCCAACUUCUCCUUCCUCAUGCCUUAGUGAAGCAAAGCCUUCCCCCAUCUCCUCUCCAUCCAAGCUGCUUAAGUUUCUUAAAAUACCAUCAAUUGGGGACCGGGCACAAACAGCAAAUGCCUUGCGACUCAGUCCUCAGUUAACCCGCAGCUCGAAAAUCCCUUGCAGGAAUAAUAACUAUGAAGUAUACCACUCACCUAUUCUGUCUCGCAAGGCUACAACCACAGAGAGAGAUAGACAGUCGGUGCCCUCGUCCAAAACAGACACUUAUCCUGGUACACAUUCUGCUCCCACUUCCCCACCAAAGCCUGAGGACAAUUGUCCAUCAAUUCCCAUCAAGGAAACGGGUUACCAUAGCCACUCAGCUCCAAAGCCAAGUCGUAGCUCCUUAGGAGCACCUCAAUCCUCCUUACAGUCACAAAGAGGCUCCCAGAAGGUUCCACACUAUGAGAACAUCUCAGAUACCCCUGACUCUUGUCCCGUAAAUGGUUUGAGCCAGUUCCACCCAUAUUCUCAGAGAGAAGUAACACCUGCUGAUAAGCAGCAGAUAAACUUGAAAGAAGAGAAGCUCUGCAGUCCACCUUCUAAGAACUCAGAUUCAUCUGGAACCACGGGUGAAUCUCCCUCGGACCCUUCGGAUGAAGAUACUGACACGGAGAGCCCUGUUUGGCAAAAGCCUCAGCAGCACUUCAGUCUGCCAACAUCGUCCUCGGCGUCCAACAAAGCACAGAGGACCAGUUAUUCCAGUAUGAAGGAGAGGCACCAUGAGAGAGUGCCUCAAGAUCCAGUUUCUGUCCAUACACGAGAUCCGUCAUUGUUAGCCCAGGCCAACACCAAAAAAAGUGAUAGGCAGCCAUCGCUGCCAAAAAGAACAGUCUCUAACAAACCACAAAGUGAUUCAAGUCAUCAUCCAUUCAAAGAACGUCUGGCAGCUCUUGGCAAACUGAAAAGCUCAGAGGAUUUGCAACAGCCCUUGGAGAAGAAGGAAGGACAGAGCAACAUAAGCAGAGCUGUUGUGUCCACAGGCAACAGCGAAAAAAGCAAAACUGCAGAGAGACAAGGUGAACGCAGCACAGUUGAGCCCAGGCACACAAAAUACACUGACUCGCUUGAUGGGAAACCAUAUCCCAAAACUAGCCUGGGCAGUUAUGCCAAGGUCCCUGGCCCUCCUUUUCUUGAACAAAGCAACAAGUCAAUGGCUACACCCUCUACGUCAGUCAACAAGGGAGAACUAGAAACAUUGUCCCAGAGAGUAUAUGUAGCGAAAGUAGAUGGCCCAAAGAUCAAAAUGGGGAUGUCUUCCACCACAUCCACUGAGACUCCUGUGGUGAUGCGGAAUUAUGGGAAAUUCCCUAAUCCUCAUACCCACCACAGCAAAACUGUUCCAAGUCCUCAAAGCAGCCCCACCAAGGUUCCUUCCAAAUCCCCAUCCAAGGCUGGCCAAGCCUCGUCAUACCCACGAGGGGUGAAACCUGUUCAGGACGAGCGUUCACAUCCUCAGAGGCAACUGUCCCGCACAGAGGACAAAUCAAAACUCACAGCUGGUAAAAAGAAGACCUCCAUUCAUACUGAGAGCUUCCCUCCUCCACCUCCACCAAGACCCCCAAUGGAAUCUGCAGCUCAUGCCAAUGUGACGGAGGAGAAGAAGCCUUUAGUAGCUGCCCCUGGUCCCCAGUCAUCCAUUGAGCAGAAGGUCAUGCGUGGCAUUGAGGAAAAUGUCCUUAAACUGCAGGAGCAGGACAGAGGGCAGGGUGCUGAGACCAAGCAGAAAGCAUCCAAUGGCAUCGCAAGCUGGUUUGGGCUGAAGAAGAGCAAACUUCCCGCCCUUAGUCGAAAACCAGAGGUGUCAAAGCUAAAGAUCAACAUGUCGUCAUCAUCUUCAUCCUCAGGGACCAAGGACCCCAAACCAGGCCCCAGGAAGGUUGUGGAAAGUUUAAACAUCUCCAAGUUGAUGGAGAAAGCGGAAGACUUGAGGAAAGCCUUGGAGGAAGAGAGAGCCUUUGUAAAUGGAGUUGGUGUUGGAAUGGGUGUUGCACUUGACCGUCCUGGAAGGGGACAUUCAUGUGAAGUGGUGAUGGACCAGGCACAAGGACAGCUGUCCCUCAUGUACAGAGGGGUGACAGCUGAUAACUUCAUGCAACAACUGCUGAACAGGGUUGAUGAAAAAGGAGCUGCCAGUUUUGGAAUGGCACACAGAAGACUUUCCUUUGACUCAAAGAGGUCACGUCCUGUCUUCGCCCACCAGAGGAAUGGUAUAAGCCACAACAAGAGCAGGGAGGAGAUGGACAAAGGUUCAGACAUGGUCAGCCGCGAUGAGGUCACGUCAGAUGAGAGUCUGGCGGAGUCAAUCAGCUCACAACACUUCACUGGUUCAGGUGCUUCCAUGCGUACUCUUGACAGUGGGAUUGGUACCUUCCCUCUGCCUGACUAUGCCAGCAGUGCGGCCGGGAAGAGCAUCCCCAAACCCCAGGGAGAGCAAGGCUUCACAGCCCCUCAGGGAAAACAUGGGGGCCUGAUGAAGAUACCACGCAAGGCUCGUACCCUGGAGAGAGAGCUCUCAUCUCUGGAGGAGGUAAACCCUGCCAUCCUGUACGGCUCUCCCAUGGAAGACAAAGGACCCAGCAUGCACCUGUCUAGCACUAUCCAUGAGGACAUUGAUGCUUAUGGAGCCCGUACACAGACACCGCCCGCCAAGAAUUGGACAUGUCCCAAUCUGAAGGGUUCAGCAGGAUCCACUGAUGUGUACCUGGGGAUGCCAGUGGAGGUGGAGCCGUCUGGCCAGGGAACUCCAUCUAGACGGAGUCUGAUGAAGUGUGCUCCUCAGGGUACUCGCGAGACUGACCCUGGCAGUCUACCCCUGCCCCCACAGAUGGGCUUGAGUCGCCGUGCAAAAGGACGGACGCCGGGUCCAGAUAUGCCCAAAGAAGGCGGUCUGGAGUUGGUCAAGGAGCGGCCAGAUGACAUCCUGUCCCCUAGUCGUCCCCAGGCCUUGGAGACACCCGAGUCCCUGAGUGACUCUUUGUAUGACAGCCUCUCCUCCUGUGGCAGCCAGGGCUGA